GUGCGGGAGGAGCGGCGUCGGGGAGAGUGGAAAGGAAGGGGAAUGUGCGAGCAAAAGUGAUCGAGAGCGACGGUGGUGACGGCUGAUUCUUUCAGGUUCUUCGCCCACGAUCGUCCCGGUCCCCACGAGCUUCGCCGCGUCAGCUGUUUCUCGGCGAGAGGCGGAAGGAUUCGGUUCGGCAACGGAGCGACGACGCGCUUCUCGAUCGCGACUUAAAAACGGCGGGCGCGUGACCCGACGACGAUCAUCCGUACGCGUGUGUUCGCGUGUGUGAACCCGAUCCGAGGAUGCAGCAGCAGCAGCAGCAACCGCAAGCGAACGGCAACGGCGCCCCGGCUUCGCCGAGGAAGAAGCAACGAACGUCCACCGUGAGCGGCGGGCCCGUGUCGAAGGUCACGGUGGUCCUCGGCGCGCAAUGGGGCGACGAGGGCAAGGGGAAGGUCGUGGAUAUGCUGGCCAUGGACGCUGACGUUGUUUGCCGGUGUCAGCCGCUGCCGUUAAACGCUUGUGUGUCAUCUGACCUGUGCGCGCGAGCAUCAGCAAACGGAGGAAAUAAUGCAGGGCAUACUGUAGUUGUAGAAGGUGCCGAAUUCAACUUUCACCUUCUGCCUAGUGGAAUAAUCAAUCCCAGAUGCAAAUCCGUAAUAGGCAAUGGAGUAGUGGUUCAUUUACCCGGUCUGUUCGAGGAAUUGGAGAAGAAUGAAGCUAAGGGACUUAAGGAUUGGGAAGACAGGCUUAUAAUAUCGAAUCGAGCACAUAUAGUGUUUGAUUUUCACCAACAGGUUGAUGGAUUGAUGGAAUUGGAAAAGGGCAAGCAGUCAUUGGGAACUACGAAGAAAGGUAUAGGGCCGACAUAUGCGGAUAAGGCCGCCAGAAUCGGGCUCAGGAUUGGAGAUCUUCUCGGAGACUUCGACAAGUUCUCCCAAAAGUUCAACACCUUGGUUACGUCGUACCAGAGAAUGUUUCCCUCUUUACAUAUCGACGUUAAAUCUGAAUUGGAGCGUUAUAAGGUAUACGCGGAACGCGUAAGGCCGUACGUGAAAGAAACGGUACAAUAUUUGCACCAGGCUCUGAAGGACGGCAAAAAGGUUUUGGUGGAAGGCGCCAAUGCAGCGAUGUUGGAUAUCGAUUUUGGAACUUAUCCAUACGUGACAAGCUCGAAUUGUAGUAUUGGCGGUGUAUUGACAGGUCUCGGCUUACCUUGUAGCACGAUCGGCGAAAUAAUCGGCGUCGUAAAAGCCUAUACCACCAGAGUUGGCGACGGACCCUUUCCCACAGAGCUUUUAGAUUCUACGGGAGAUCUGUUGCAGAAGAGAGGCCACGAGUUUGGCGUAACCACGAAGCGAAAGAGGCGGUGCGGAUGGCUCGAUUUGCCGUUGCUGAAAUUUACGACUGUAGUUAAUGGAUACACCUCUAUAUGUUUAACAAAACUCGACAUCUUGGAUACGUUACCAGAGAUAAAAAUAUGCGUUGGAUAUCGGUUAAACGGGAAGGACAUAGAUUAUUAUCCGGGCAGUAUUUGGGAAUUGGCAAAGAUUGAAACGGUGUACAAAACGAUCGAAGGCUGGCAAUCCACUACCGAGGGUGUACGUUCCUUAGACAAAUUGCCGCCCAAUGCACACAAGUACAUACAGAUCAUAGAGGAGUACUUAGAUGUACCAAUCAAAUGGAUCGGCGUGGGAGCGGGACGAGAAAGCGUAAUUGCCCUCUGACGAUACACGAUCUCCAUAAUGUUACUUAAACGCACGGCAUUAAAUGUAUUAUUAAUUUUAAUUCUAUCCGUAGCAUUUGCAAUACAAAGCUGAUAAGCGCACAGUGAGCGGUAUUGUUACAAUAAAUUUUCAGCGAAUGUAUUAAUCUUGAAACAGAGCAAUGUACAAUUGUAACAAUUGUGAAUGCUUAGUCAUUUUGUAGUCGAUAUCUAACAAAUGAGCGGAAGAUUAUUAAAAAAUGUUCGUUAUAUUAUCCAUUUAUUUUAAAUGGACAUUCUGUUUUAUUAGACAUAUUAAAGUAUUUUUGUUUCUCGUC